CCGUCUACAUCUAAUCAAACACGCUGCGUUCACCUCACUUCUGCCGUCAUGAGGGCUAAGCUGGAGAUCCUGGCUCUGGUUCUGGGCACCAUCGGUCUGGUGGGGACCAUCGCGGUGACCGCCAUGCCCAUGUGGAAGGUGACGGCCUACAUCGGGUCCAACCUCAUCGUGAUGGAGACCCUAUGGGAAGGGUUAUGGAUGGCCUGCAUUCGGCAGGCGGACAUCAACAUGCAAUGCAAAGUCUACGACUCUCUGCUCAUCCUGCCGGCGGACAUCCAGGCGGCCCGCGGGCUCAUGUGCGCCUCCAUCACUCUCAGCGUCCUGGCCGUCCUGGUGUCCGUCUGCGGGAUGAGAGGCACAGACUGCUGCCAUGAUGACUCCAGGGGCAAGAACGUGAUCCUGCUGGUGGGCGGGUGUCUGUUCGUGGUCGCUAGCCUCGCCACUCUUCUUCCGGUCAGCUGGUCCACACACACCAUCAUCAGAGACUUUUACAACCCGUUGGUGUUGGAGGCGCAGAAGCGGGAGAUCGGACAGGCGCUGUAUGUGGGCUUUGCCACGUUCUUGCUCCUCCUGAUCACGGGGGUGAUACUGCUGUGUCGUUACGGCCCCCGCCACAGGAAGGACGAGGAGGAGAAGAAGCCAUACUUCACAGUGGAAGAGGACAAGGCUGGGAUGAGCAUGAUGGGACGGACACCCUCUUCUGACACGUACCGGCAGAGUCAGUACGUCUGACAGACAGAACUCUCUCACUUUCCUUUUUAGUUUUAUUUCUAAGCAAAUUUUGAACUGCAUUUAUGUUUCUUGGCCAUAUGAAUCAGUGUAGUGAAUAUUAAUCAGUGUAGUGAAUCCUGGAUAAUCAGAGCAAAUGUUCCUCAUUAACUACAUUAGUGUCUGAUGAUAUGAUUGUAGAUUAUAUUUUCAAACAUUUUGUGUUGUAGUUCUGUUCUUGUAAGCUAAAACUGACAUUUACUUGGGCAUCCACAAACAUAUGAUUUACUUACUGCUUUUAGAUC